AUGGGUGUCCUGAUAAGAUCCUCCCUGAGGAGCCGGGAUUCCUCCCUGACAUCGAUCGAUCGGGACCCCAGGGAGCGAAUAAAGGACUGUUGCCGAAAAUUGGUCGCAUUUAUGUGCAGCCAGGUGGGCGUGGGUGGACUCGUGGUCAGUUACGCUAUAAUAGGUGCCUUCGGUUUCAUGAUGAUCGAGACCCAAGAACCGAUCGCGUCCCCGGUUUGUAUACGAGAAUCGAUCAGAAAGGAAUACGCCGAGGAACUGUGGUUCAGCACGGCCAGCAAUCAGACUGUAAACGUGUUUAACAAAACAACUUUUUGCACGUUGUCCAACCAAAUUCUUCGACGCUACCAGGAAAACUUUAUCGUUAAUUACAAGAAGGAGAAUUGCAGUGGGUUGACCUCGGCCGAUCUUUGGUCCUUCCCGGCGGCAAUGAUGUUCUGUCUGUCCGUGUUCACGAUGAUCGGUUACGGAACACUGGUGCCCCAAACUGCCUGGGGCAAGGGGGUCACGGUUAUGUAUGCAGUCUUGGGGAUUCCACUUUACGUGUUGUAUUUUCUAAACAUGGGAAAAGUUCUGGCCCAGACGUUCCGUUGGUUGUACACGUGGUUGCACGAGUGUACUGGCAAGAAGAAACUAGGCCAGAGGAUCACGGUACCCUCGACGGCUUGUCUCUGGGUGAUUUUUGGUUACGUAAUUGGUGGAUCCAUAAUGUUCGCCGAAUGGGAGGGAUGGGAUUACUUGGACAGUGCUUAUUUUUGCGUUACUUCGCUCUGCAAGAUCGGAGUGGGGGAUCUUGUUCCUGGUUGGACGCAUGGCGACCUCACCACCGACAGUCAGACAAAAUUGAUAAUAAACUUCGUUUAUUUGCUGCUUGGCAUGGGGCUUAUCGCUAUGUGCUACGAUUUGAUGAAAGAGGACGUGUACGUGAAAGCCAGAGAACUGAAGGAACAGUUCAUUCAAAUUGUCGAUGCUGCCCAUUAUUACAUAGAAACGUGUUGCGGGUCAAAAAUUCCGGACUAA